GCAGUGAGCGCGAGGCCGCGGGAGAAGUGCUGGCCGGCCGGGGAGGCGGAGGACGUGGAGAGGAGCGCGAGGAGGAUCCGGGAGUCCGCGGCAACAAAACAGAAAAAGGGCUCAGGCCUGGGACUUGGCAAAAACGGGAAACCAAACUAGGGAGGAUCACUGAAACAUAUAUAUCUAUAUAUUUUUUUUUGCUUUGAUUUUUUUUUAAUCUUUUAUCACUUUUGUACUGUAUUGGAAAGUGAUUCGUUUGGUGAUGCCAUCCAACGCAGUUACCACCACAGCUGCUUUCAAAAGCUCUGACUUCAACAGUGGGGGAAAUCGCAUGACUGACAGUGUGAGUCGGGAGAAGGAGCUGGCUGUGGCGGACAGGCCGGCGUUCAGCACUCCGGCCCGCAAAGUCGGACGGCCCAGCCGCAAACGCAGACACCUCCUUGUGGAGAGUUGUGGCUCACUGACAGAGCUGGUGGGUGUGUCCAAGAAUCACAGAGGAGCGGGAAUCCAGUCCUGUUCACAGCUUCAGGUUCACAAUGGGGAUGUAGGAGAGAGGUAUGGCAACAGAUCCUCCGAAAGCUCUCGCCCCACGCAGGAGCAGAGUGCUCUGGAAAACGGCCUCCCUCGCCAAGCCGCCUGCAGCAUGAGCCCUUUCCUGGAGAACGGAUUUGUUGUUGCCCUGGACAAGCGUGACUCGGAAAAGGACAAAGAGGAGACACUGCCAAAUCUACCUCGCAAGAAACGAGGAAGGCGGAAACUGGAGCGACCGACUAAAUAUGUCGAGCACCGGGAGGAGGAGAUCGGGGACACUUCGAAGAAUGAGGGAGCUCGAGGCAGGCUACGUGGGGGAGUGGGCUGGGAAAUCAGUCUGCGCCAGAGACCCAUGCCCAGAGUAACGUUCCAGGCCGGUGACCCUUAUUACAUUAGCAAGAGGACCAGGGAGGAGUUGCUGGCCAAGUGGAAGAUGGAGGCAGAGAAGAAGGCCAAACUGGUUUCCAUAAUGAACUCGAUGGAGGAGCAUGGAGAGGUGGAGGUCAAGCCUCAGAUGGCCUGUGGUACCCUCAACAGCCCACUGACCACUGCACUACCACCACCACCACCACCUACACAGCAACAGCAGCAGUUGACCCAAGCUCUUCCCAAAGCUCAACCACAACCACAAAUACAGCCUACACCCCAGCAACAGCCUCCAGCCCAGCAACAACAGCCUACAGACCCAGCAUCCCCUACAGUGGCCACAACGCCAGAGCCAGUGCCUAUAGGGGAUGGAGAUAAGACCUCACCAAAGUCCACCGACACAGAGGCUGAGUAUGAGGACGGCAGAGGCUUUGGCAUUGGCGAGCUGGUGUGGGGGAAACUGCGUGGUUUCUCUUGGUGGCCUGGACGCAUCGUCUCCUGGUGGAUGACCGGCCGGAGCCGAGCUGCAGAGGGAACCAGAUGGGUCAUGUGGUUCGGUGAUGGCAAAUUCUCUGUGGUCUGUGUUGAGAAAUUGUUGCCUUUGAGUUCCUUCUGCAGUGCUUUUCACCAGCCAACUUACAACAAGCAGCCAAUGUACAAGAAAGCCAUCUAUGAGGUGCUACAGGUAGCCAGCAGUAGAGCAGGAAAAGUGUUCCUCACCUGUCCUGAGAGUGACGACACCGACACCUGUAAGUCGGUGGACAUGCAGAACAAGCAGAUGAUCGAAUGGGCCAUGACAGGAUUCCAGCCCACUGGCCCCAAGGGCCUGGAGCCUCCAGAAGAGGAGCGCAACCCAUACAAGGAAGUGUACCCGGAAAUGUGGGUGGAGCCCGAAGCCGCAGCCUAUGCACCCCCACCUGCCAAAAGACCUCGUAAAAGCACAGGCACGGAGAAGCCCAAGGUGAAAGACAUCGUCGAUGAGAGAACCCGAGAGAGGCUUGUGUACGAGGUGCGGCAGAAGUGCAGGAAUAUCGAAGAUAUUUGCAUCUCCUGUGGAACCCUGAACGUUUCCCUUGAGCACCCACUCUUCAGUGGAGGAAUGUGCCAAAGCUGUAAGAACUGUUUCUUGGAGUGUGCGUACCAGUAUGACGACGAUGGAUACCAGUCUUACUGCACAAUCUGCUGUGGAGGGAGGGAGGUGCUCAUGUGUGGAAACAAUAACUGCUGCAGGUGUUUCUGUGUAGAGUGUGUGGAUCUGCUAGUUGGGCCCGGUGCAGCACAAGCUGCUAUAAAGGAGGACCCUUGGAACUGCUAUAUGUGUGGUCAGAAGCCUCAGUUCGGGCUGCUGGAACGCCGGGCUGACUGGCCCAGUCGUCUACAGCACUUCUUUGCCAACAACCACGACCAGGAUUUUGAACCUCCAAAGCUCUACCCUCCUGUUUUGGCAGAGAAGAGAAAGCCUAUCCGUGUGUUAUCACUCUUUGACGGAAUCGCUACAGGGCUGCUGGUGCUAAAGGAGCUAGGUAUUCAGGUGGAGCGCUACGUCGCCUCUGAGAUAUGCGAGGACUCGAUCACUGUCGGUAUCGUGCGGCAUCAUGGACGCAUCAUGUACGUUGGCGACGUGAGGAACGUCACACACAAACACAUACAAGAGUGGGGACCUUUUGAUCUCGUCAUUGGAGGAAGCCCCUGUAAUGAUCUCUCUAUAGUUAAUCCAGCACGGAAAGGUCUCUACGAGGGCACGGGAAGGCUGUUCUUUGAGUUUUACCGGCUUUUACAUGAAGCUCGUCCUAAGGAAGGAGACAACAGGCCUUUCUUCUGGCUCUUUGAGAAUGUAGUGGCCAUGGGUGUCAGUGACAAGAGGGACAUCUCUCGCUUUUUAGAGUGCAACCCAGUGAUGAUAGACGCAAAGGAAGUGUCUGCUGCUCAUCGUGCCCGCUACUUCUGGGGAAACCUUCCUGGCAUGAACAGACCUCUGACUGCCAUGUGCACUGACAAACUGGACCUGCAAGACUGUCUUGAACAUGGCAGGACUGCAAAGUUUGAUAAAGUGAGGACCAUCACCACUCGGUCGAAUUCCAUAAAGCAGGGCAAAGAUCAGCAUUUCCCUGUUUACAUGAACGAGAAAGAGGACAUCCUGUGGUGCACUGAGAUGGAGAGGGUAUUUGGCUUUCCCGUCCACUACACAGACGUGUCCAACAUGAGUCGGUUGGCGAGACAGAGGCUUCUAGGUCGCUCGUGGAGUGUCCCGGUCAUCCGCCACCUGUUUGCACCACUCAAAGAGUAUUUCGCCUGUGUGUGAAAGUCAGUGCGGUGAGGAGGCGAGAAUCCCAAACUGGUGUAUGAAAUAACAAGAGCCUUGUAUAUUAUUUACAACCUAAACAUCAAAGUAGGUAUUUCAUGUUUUGUUUUGUUUUUUUGUUUUUUUUAAAUAUUUGACUCUUUUUUUUAUUCUAUUUAAUUGUUUUUAUGUUAAUUCAUUUUACUUUUUAGCAGUGUUAUCCAGAAUUUGAAUUGAUUUAUUGUGUGCAAGCUAUACUUGAGAUGGGGCCUCCUAUCAAGGCAUUGAGAGACAAAGCAUGGGAGCAAAUGACAGAAAAAAAAUAGUAGAUGGUUCAUUUCACCAACUUAAAGGUACGGAAAGUCCGAGUUAGCGACUUUCCGGGAAAAUCGGGCUAGGUUGGGAUACAGGUAGAACGGGCUGCUUGAACGCUCGCCUUUUCUUUUCUUCUGAGCAACUGAGCCUUUGGCGAGAGCAAAAAAAAAAAAAAAAAUCCACACACAAAAAAAAUGGUGUCUUUCUCUUCCAUGUCAGGAGAGCUCUGUCUUAACCAAUCCAAAACACCACGUCACAAAUACCUCUUUCUAUACACAAUGGUAAUAAAAGGUACUACUGUAAUAGGUGACAAUAUGGUGCUUCAAGGUGGUGAAAAACAUUGCAACUCAUGUGGUGCUACUACUUCAGACUAGAUGUGGUCACCUUUAAGACCAUUAGCCGGGUUUAAAGAAAAAAAAACACAAAAAAAAAACAAAAAAAAAAAACAGAAAGUGACUCUAAAGCAAGGAUUUGUCAAGCCAGGUCUGCCACAUCUCAUUUUGUAUCUUUUACAGCCUUUUUUUACAAUACUUUACUGGUGCUCUAUGUAAACCUCAGCCUUGCAGUCACUGAGGUCAGUUUUCUGCAUCCGUGCACACACAAAAACCUGCUGGCCUGCCACAUGGGCCGUGAUGUUUUUUUUUUUUUUUCUCCUCUCUACCUUGAGAUAGAAGGCUGUGUUGAGCUACUUUGUUUUGUUCCUAUAGCGUCACACAGACCGGAAUCAUUACUGUACAACUCUUAGCGUGCGUGGCGGUUGCAGGGAGGGCGGUGUUGGGUUUUGCUCCUGGCCUGCUGAACUGCUCUCUACAGUGCCUCUCGCAGGCUAUCCUCAGUCAGGUGCAACACUUUUAACAAUGGUGCGGCUUCACAAUGUUCUUCUACCUUUUUAUAGCUCUUUUUUUUUGUGCUGUGUUACCAACAAUAUCAAGCACUUUUGUAUAUGUAUACUUCUUUUUAUUUUCGUUGAUAUUUUUUGACUAUUUCCUCUUGACUAUUGUGAAUCUUUUUUUUUUCCUUUUUUAAAAAAAAUUUGUUAUGUUCUAUGAUGUGAAAUGCUCUUAGCAUUAUAUAUUGAGGUAGUUCUUUUUUUAAUUUCUGUACAGUAGGGCUGUGCCAAUAGAUGUGAAAGAAUGGGUUAGUAGGAUAGGGGCAGAUUCACCCGUCACUCUGGUGAAUUAGGCUAAAUGAAAAAGAGCCACCCUUUCCCACAUCCUCAUCUGCUACAGUGAUAUUUCGUCAUAAUCCACGUUAGGAAAGUUACAGUCCGCUCUCGGUGUAGUGCGUAUAUGAGCCGUACAGUACGUAUGUUCUCUAGAUAUUCCGUCAACUCUUUCAAAUCGCUUCCCUAACGCUUCCCUAACUGAAUGCUUCUUUCGUGAUGUCAUUAGUGAUGUUUAGUUCCUCCCUCGAAGCCACCGCUUUAUCCUGGUCAGGGGCACGGUGAAUCCCGGAGCCUGUCCCGGGAAUUUUAUUAUAUCAGUCAAAAUCAAGACUGCGUGUACAAGGCUAAAAUCUUGUAUGAACUUGCUGAACUUGUUAUUAUCAUAACCCUAUAUUAUCAAUGAGUUUGUGAAUUUGUUUAGAAUUCUAGGUAAAGUCUGUGUGCAUUUAAAUUAUUCUGCUUAGUACAGAUUUGGAAAUUGGCCCACUGUCAUAAGACGUGCUAUUAGAUUGUCAUUUUUAUUUUUAUUUUUAAUUUAAGGCAUUAUACUGCAUACAUACCUUCAUUUUUUUUUUUCAUUUUCAUUAGUUACUCCUAUAUGUAUGUUCUAAAUGAUAUCUAUGCCCAUAUUUUUUGUACAUUUUGUACAUAGAAUAUGUUUGUUGCUGUGUUGGUUUUUUAUUUUUAUUUUUUUUUUUAAAAUUACCUAUGAGAUGUACAAAUAUAAUUCUGUGCUAAUAUAUAUCAUGGAAUCAAAAGUCUCACAUUGCAAAGAGAGGGUUAAUUCACCCAACCUUACAAAUUGACAUAAGCUAUGGAGCAGUGGGGUGGGAGGACUUUUUGGUAUUUCAGAUUUGAAUGUCAUGCAUCGAACAGGGAAAGCGAACGAAUGAUAUCGACAGUAGAUGGACGCUUCCGUCUUACUGCACAGCCCUACAUACAAAACAGUCUCUUUCAUUUGCAUUUGAUUCUUUUAUAAAUACUAAAACGGGGGAUUGUAGGUGUAUCCUAAGGUGCUAAACAUUUUAUCAAAUUGAAAACGAUGUAUUAUUUGGACAAACUUGUCUGGACAAUGACUGUUUUUAUGUUUCUUUUAGUAUUGGAAAAGCACUAUUAUUUUACUCUCUCAUAUAAAUAUAUUAACAAAGGCAUUUUAACUUUGUACUUGAAAAAAAAAAUGAUGAAAAGAUUCUUAUAUUGUUUUAGAAUAGAUCUUGCUGUAGUUGGUGCUUAUCUGUGGGAAAAUCAUGUACUCAUAUUGGGAAGUAAGAAAAGAAUUGUAAUCAAUCGAUCUUGCUGUUAACAUGUACUUGCUUAUUAUCCAGGCAACGUUGUUUUUAAGUCCUACAUUCCGUGGCAUAUAUCCAGCCCUCCACCUAUUUUUUUUUUUUUUUUUUUUUAAUUAAGAUCAGUGUUUAUUUUAUAUAUUUUUGGCUUUGGUGGCCUCUUUGUUUGCUCUUGUAACAAGUUCCUGUAUAUCCUCAGUAUAUUCAGUGUCCUCCUGAGUUACCGGCACUUUUUGAAACAUGAGCAAAAAUGACAUUACAUACAAUAAUAUUCGAUUUUUCCACUUAACCAAUAGGACUAUUUAUCUUUGUUCUAGCAAGAAAUUAUUGGAACUAUUUUUUUAAAUAAUAGAAAUUCCUAUAAAAAAAAAUAUGUGCCACCAUUAUACAAUUACUGACAGCCCCAAGGACCCAAUGAAUGUUUUAAUAAAUGCAAACAAAUGCAUUUCAUUAUUUUUCAUUUGCUCUCAGUCACCACGAACCGUACUGUUGCCUUUCACAAUGUAUUGUUUCUCUUGAAGACACUAGAGACGAGGGGUUUUUUAGACUAAUCAGGUAUGGAUAUAAUACAUAAGCAGUUAAAAUAAAUGAAAAUACCAUUAAGCACAACUGGGGGGGUGGGUGGGGGGGGGGUAGUUUUACAUGUCUGAUAGUGUUGAUAGUGUCGAUCCAGAUCCAUGACCAGAACCAGCCCACAACAGAACAGUGCAGGGUGAUUGUGGGGAAAAAAAGUACCCAAAGAUCAGUAUCAUAUUAGUUUAGUUAUUCUUGUGUUUGCAGAAGUAAUGUGUUAAACAACAGGCUGUGGUGGAUGUGUUACAAGAAAGAAACCAGCAUUACACUAAAGUUGACAUUAUGUGUUGUGAACAGAUGAAAAAAUACUCUACCUUUAGUCUAUACCAUCAUUUUGGCUACAAAAGCAUUAUUUGGAUCAUUGAUUCACUGGGGCACUUUUAUGAUCUGUGGAUCUGGCAAGAAUUCUUCUAAGUAUCAGGAUAUUUAUAAUCCUGGUUGCCAGGAUGUUUAGACCUGUCUAUAGAUAGAUCUUUCAACAACAUGAUGAGCCAAAUUAAUAACAUUGCAAAAUCAGGGUUUUGUAGUGACCACUUUGGGCUCUGAAUCCUACAAAAAAAAAAAAAACAUUAAAACUUGCAUGGGGUCCCA